GUGAGUCAUUCAUUGCCUUCUCCUCAGUCUCCCCCAUCUUGAGCUCAGUCCGGGGAGCCUUUUGCAAGCAGAGCACCCCGCACCCGGCAGGCUGAGGGAGUCGCCCCCUCCCCUGAAAUACACGGAAAACCCGCGAAGCCUCUGCCGCGGGGACCAGGAGCGCUCACGACCGCACGUGGCCGCGGGGAGUCCGAGCGAGAUGGCCUCCCGCCGCGCGGUGGGGCGCGCAGCUGCCCUGAAGGCACAGGGGGGAGCCGGGCCCCGGCCCUGGGCCCCCCGCACCCUGAUCCUUUUCCUGGUGCUGAUCCCAGUUGCCUCAUGCCCAAUCACAGAGCCGGACAGAAUUCACCAGCAACCAGCUGCCCCACAAGGAUUGCAUGCCAGCCUCCCAGAGGAGUGUCCGCCAGGAUUCUAUCUGUCAGAACAGAGCGGAGAGUGUACACCAUGCACUGAAAAACAGAGUUUCACCCGUCAUCCCAACCGCCUCUCUUCUUGCCACCCCUGCUCUAACUGCCCUGCAGGUAAAGUACAAAUAGCUCCAUGCACCAGGACGAGUGACACCCAGUGUCAGUGCAAGAAGGGCACUUACCAGGAUAAGGAUUCUCCUGAGUACUGCCAACCGUGCAGCCCAAGGUGCCCUGAUGGCAAGGUCAAGGUCAGGGACUGUGGCCCCUCCAACGACAUCGAGUGUGUGGACCAAAAAUCAGGUAUCCAGGACCAUGGGGAGGCCCCAGUUCCUGGAGAGCCAGUGACCACCAGCCUGGAGGCUUCCACUGCUCCCUCUCUCUCCUCAGGCACACCAUGGUGGGUGAUCGUGCUUGCCUGCAUCUUUGGGCUUGGAGGCCUUGCCCUGCUGGGCACAUUUCUAUAUCAGUGCUACAGGAGCCGUAACCUUCCAUGUUCUGGAGCGGCCACCAAGAGCGGGAGCAGAGUGAGUGGGUUUCUCCGGGACCUGUGGCGUCAGGUGGGCUGGUUUGGUGGCUUACGAACCCCAGGAGAGGCUGAGGCUCUGGACAAUGCCCGCAACCUGGCCAGGAGCGACAGAGACUCAUUGUCCUCUGAGCAGGAGCAGGAAGAGCUGGCAGGUGGCCUGGCGCAGCCCACAGGAGAAGCACAGCUUCUACUGGGACCGACAGGCACAGACGGGUCUCAGAUGAGAAGGAAGCUGCUGGUUCCAGCGAACAACGAGAACCCCAUAGAAACCCUGAGGGAGUGCUUCUACGAGUUCUCAAGGAUCGUGCCCUUUACUCGCUGGGAGCCGUUCAUGAGGUUGGUGGGCCUCCCGGAAAAUGAUAUCUGCAUAGCCAAAGCACAAGUGUCGAACCAGCGGGAUGCCUUGUAUCUCAUGCUGACCACCUGGAUCAACAUCAAGGGGAAGGCUGCCUCAGUCAACACCCUACUGGACAGCUUGGACACACUGGGGGAAACGAAAGCAAAGGAGGAGAUGCAGGACUACCUGCUGGCGUCCGGAAAGUAUGUCUAUGAAGUGGGUGAAGCAGGUUCUGCUGUUUCCCAGUGAAAAGAAUCUCUUUUAGAGACCAGACCUUUCCUAGUUUAUCUUUUCUCCUGAAAGGGAAAUAAGACUGGACACUACAUGCCUGGCCAGUGCGGCUCAGUAGUUGAGCAUCAACCUGUGAAUCAGAAGGUCAUGGAUCUACUCCCUGUCAGGGCACAUGCCCAGAUUGCAGGCUGGAUCCCCAGCAGGGGCUGUGUGGGAGGCAGCUGCUUGAUGAUUCUCUCUUACCAUUGAUGUUUCUAUCCCUCUCCCUCUCCCUUCCUCUCUGAAAUCAAUAAGCUUGGAGAAAUUUCUCUUCAAAUUGGUUCAUAGGCCAAUGCUUAACCUCUGAGCCACACCAGCCAGGCCUGGCACUUUUUUAUUCUAAUAGAUUUCUACUUUUUACUUGUUAUUUAAUGUUUUGUAUAAUCCAUCUGUGUUGUUAUGUGUCCAGGUAUUUAUGUCUAACUAUGAUAGGGCUCUUUUUAUUUUUAUACUUGGAAGUUCGUUCUUGUAUUAUUAUUGUUUAUCAUUGUACUAGAAGCCCAGUGCACGAAUUCGUGCAUGGGCAGGAUCCAGCUGCCCACCCAGAUGGGCCAGGCUCAGGGGCGGGGAAGGGGCCAUGGUCGGUUGGGAGGUGCCAAUCGGCCCCGAUCGGGCUGGUUGGCUGCCACAGUGCGUGCCAUAACAACUGGUCAUUCCGGUAGCUUGGUUUUUAUACAUAUAGAUUAUUUUCUGCAAACUUAUUUUUGCCCCACCCUGUAUAUAUUUGUAUGUUUAUGAAAAACUUUUUGGAAAUGUAUUUAAUAGGUAGAUCGCAUUUAGGUUACCUAAAUGAGAGAAGUUAACAAAAUUGCAAAGGAAUCACUGCACCUCUGGGGGUGGUGCUAGUGAGUUCCAGCUCCCUCAGGUGCAGUUUGAGUUUGUCCAGCAUUAGAGGACCGGCCACUUUUUCCACAGGGGCGGGAAAUGUCUGGCCCUCGGGCCCUGUAAGGCCAACAGAACCAUUACAUGACAGGACAGACAUGUAUGUUUCUCGUCAGCUGCCCGUGGCCUACCUGCCAGUAUUGAGGUGACUCCGAGGACAGGCAGCUACGGGCUGCCUGGGAGUGUGCAGGCUGUGAAAGUGUUAACACACUGUGGCAAAACUACUGCGAUCCCAUGAUGAUGAGAUGAGGUGCGAUGAGAUGAUUCCUCGUGACGUGGAUGACCUUGCCUCCAAUAAUUGACAACGAUGUUGUCGACUUCUUUGCUGACAGAUAACUCCAAUCCACCCUUUAUCCAUACGCCCACGAUCAACAAUUCUCAAAAAACCUGAAUAUCAGGUAAAUAUUAAGGACAUUACGGUACAAAGAAAAGACCUCUAGAGCCAAUGAUACAAAUGUUGGAUAUGUUUCAAAUCCAAGAUGCAAGAUUGGAACGAUCAAAGCAAAAUAAUUGCGUUGCUGGUGACACACCCACUGGAUAGUUAUUAAAACUUAAGGGUGUGACACCCUACAAAUGGCGACUACAAAGAAAAGAAAAGUUAAUGCAGAGUGUCAGUCUUUCCAAGAGAAAUGGACAAACCAUUGUUUUUUGUUGUUGAAGUAAAAGGCAAACCCGUGUGCGUUAGCAGUAAUGACAAAGCCAAUCUGGAGCAUCAUUAUAGCUCAAAACAUGCUAACCUCGCCCUAGCUGGUUUGGCUUGGCGGAUAGUGUCGGCCCUCGGAUUGAAGGGUCCCAGUUUGAUUGCAGUCAAGGGCACAUACCUCGGUUGCAGGCUCCAUCCCUGACCCUGGUCAAGGCCAGUGAGGGAGCGGCAACCAAUGUGUGUCUCUCACAUCGAUGUCUCUCUCUCUCCACUCUCUAAAAAACCGAAGCAAAAAACAUACUAAACUCGAUGAGUUGGGAGACCAAAUGCAUCUGGAUAAAAUCAGUGCUCAGGAUAAAAUCAAUGAAGCACAGACAGGCCUCAGCCAAUCUGAAGAGCCGGUUGGGUGGGGGCCCGAAAAGCCGUAUACCGCGCCCCCCCCCCCCCCCCCCCCCCCGCCCCAUCUGUAGGUCUCAGAAUUCCUCUGGUGACUAUUUCGGUGCAGAUUCAUUCCAAAGGCCCCUUUUCACUUUGUUGGGGCCUUCCCAGAAUUCAUGAGCAGCACCUGGCAACUUGAUCUUGCCCAGCCUUGAGACUGCUGCCUUCUCUGCUCAGGGAGUAAAACUGCCCUUUUUUCUUUCCUCUUCCCCCCUCCCUUUCUGCAUUCUCUGGUUAGGGAAGGUUUUUUAACCAUUUGCUCUCCUGUCCUUGGCUGGGGAAGAUAAUGGUUUGUUAGUUACAAGCUGCAAAUUGCCCACACUGUUUGGCCUUGUUUUAACUUUCCUGUCUCAGUUUCCCUAUUCCUCUGCCCUGGAAUCCUGUAAAAGUUCUUUUCAAAACUUACCAUCGCCCAGAGUCGACUGCACUCCAGACUGACCGACGGAAACCUGAAAAGGCAGUUGCGAGUAGUAACAUCAUCAAUACCAGCUACACACCUCACCAAAUACAUCACACACCUCACCAAAGAGAAGCAGGGAGCUUAGUUAAAUGAUCAAAUAUAGCGGGCCGGUUUUCAAGUUGUUAAUUUUGUAUGGCUCACGAAUGAUGUUAUAAAUAUCCACAUGGCCCUUGGCAGUAAAAGGUCCCCCACCCCGGCUCUACAGGGACAACUCUCCCAUGUGAUUGUUGUGUUUGAAUAUUUAUAGAGGGAUUUUAACAAGUGAGAAGUGGUGCGGCCCUGGGUCGGCUGUUCCCGACCUGGGCAUCCAUGCCUGGGUCUCCUUUCCCUCAUCUUUGGAUGUGUGUGAGGAGGGUGGGAGAUGUGCCAGGUACCUGCUAGGUCAUGUGCCACUUCCAGUCAUACUGGUGACGUCCGGCCCAAGCUGGCUCUGGGGCUGCACGUCAGGGGUCAGGGUUCUGCUCCCGCUGUCUGCCCUGGUCUCGAAGAGAAGUGGACGGUGCUAAUAUUUGAUAACUUAGCAUUAACAAGACUCUCUCCCUUCUCCCUCCCCCUAUUUGGUUAUUUAUUCAGGCCUUUAUUAGUCUGUAAACAUGAACUGCACCCGUAAUUUCAUCCUUGGUGCUAUGAGACAGGCCAGGUACUUCCUGCCUUUGCUGUACUGUGAGACGCUCUGCCCACGCAUCGUCAGGUGUGAAUGACUUUUUUUCAGUCAGGUUCCAGCUUGGUUGUCUCUUUCUUAGUUGCCUGGUUGUCUUGUUUAUUUAUUUAAAAGGUCAUGAGACCAUGAAGUUGUCUCUUUUGUUUUAUGUCCAGUUCACAUAGCACCUCGCACUUAAUUCGCACUCAGUAUGUCCUUAGCGAUUGGGUAUUUUUUCAUGCUUCUCUCCAGUGAAAAGUGCACCUUUGAAGUUUGUUGGAAAUAUCAAUAACAAUACAAGGAAAGCCAUUAGGUACAAAAUAUUCAUGUAUUUAUGAAUCCAUGACCAAAUUAAAUAUGAAACCUCAUAUAAAAA